GAUAAAAGACCUGGAGUCAAAGCGAGGUUGGUGCAAGGAUGGGACUCCAGGAGCAAAUGGAACACCCGGGGCACCGGGAAUGCCCGGAAAACCAGGAAAAGAUGGAAACACUGGCUCACCAGGACCAAGAGGACGAGAUGGCCGAGAUGGCCAACAUGGCGUCGCAGGACCACGAGGAAGUCCUGGUUUGCAAGGUCCACGUGGUGCUCAGGGACCAAGGGGGUCUUCUGGUGCCGGUAUUCAGUACGUACGCUGGGGGAGGACUUCGUGUCCUUCUGGUGCUAACCUCGUCUACAAAGGUCGUGUUGGAGGAGAAUAUUACGCCCAUCAAGGCGGGGGCUCCAACUAUGUAUGCCUGACAGAGUCGCCCAAAUACCAAAAUUAUAAGAGCGGAACACAAAAGUGGUCAGCUUACAUGUACGGUGCGGAGUAUCAAACRCGAGAUACCGACAGUCACGAUCCAUUUCCAGCCAACACCUAUGAAUACGACGUCCCUUGUGCUGUAUGCUUUGUUCCAAACCGUAACGCCAAACUAAUGAUCCCGGCAACUAACGAGUGUCCCGCGGGAUGGUCCAGGGAGUUCUGGGGAUAUCUCAUGACCGARCGCCACACCCAUGCAAACCCGAAAGAUUUCAUCUGCGUUGAUCGAAAUGCAGAAGCUGUUGGAUCGAGUAGGAAUGACAAUGGUGCAUUGCUGUACACCGUUGAAGGAAGAUGCGGCKCYCUGCCUUGUCCUCCUUUUGUCGAAGGCCAGGAAUUGAUUUGCGCYGUCUGUACCAAGUAAAUCAUGACAUGUUUCAAGCAAUCAGUAUAGCAGUACAUGUAAUCAUAGGCAGUACACGUAAAUAAAGCUCAUUAUGAAAUGAUUGU